AGUUUGCGGGUAGUGAAAGAUACCUUGUGACUGUCCCACUUAGACUUGAUUAAUUUCCAUAAAUUAUUCUUAACAAGGUAGGUGGCUCAAAGCGAGCUUCUUCCCAGUGAUAAUGGAGACGUAUUUGCAUUACUUUAUUCUUUUUCUUGGCUUAAUUUCUAUUUCCAAAUCCGUUCUAAGCUUUUCCAUAUGGGUAUGGGGAAGCUUCUUCAGACCAUCUAAGAAUUUGAAAGAAUACGGUUCAUGGGCUCUGAUUACUGGCUCCACCGACGGAAUAGGCAAAGCCCUCGCAUUUGAAUUGGCAAAUAAAGGUCUAAAUCUCAUUUUAGUUGGAAGAAACCCUUCAAAACUUGAGGAAACUGCUAAUGCAAUCCAUGAAAGAUAUAGAGGAAAAAUGUUCAUUAAAACUGUUGUUAUAGAUUUUGCAAAGUGUCCACCAGAAGAAAUUGUAAAGAAAAUAGAAGAAACUGUUGAUGGUGUUGAUGUUGGAAUAUUGAUUAAUAAUGCUGGAUUGGCAUAUCCUUAUGCGAGAUUUAUGCAUGAGGUUGAUUUGGAGUUGAUGAUGUGUUUGAUGAAGGUGAAUAUGGAGGGGUUAACGUGGGUGACAAAGUCGAUUAUUCCGAGGAUGUUGGAGAAGAAAAAGGGUGCUAUUGUCAACAUAGGAUCAGGCUCCUCCGCAACUGUCUCAUCCUAUCCUCUCUACUCCAUCUAUGCCGCCACCAAAGCGUACGUACAGAUGUUGUCAAAAUCCCUGAGUGUUGAAUACAAGCAACAAGGAAUCGAUGUUCAGUGUCAGAUUCCGCUGCUAGUGGCAACAAAGAUGACAUAUAUAAAGAAAUCUUCUUUGUUCGUUCCAUCAGCCGAAACAUAUAGUAAAGCGAGCAUAAGAUGGAUUGGUUAUGGGGAAAUUUGCGUGCCUUACUGGCCACAUGCUAUUCAAGGAUUCAUCAUUCGAGCACUCCCUGAGAAACUGCUGGAUCACCUUCUGUUCAAGUAUUUUAAUGGGAUGAGAAAGAGAGGCUUGCACAAGGAGACCAAACUUGCAAAGAUGAAGUAAGAAAAGCAGUUGUAACAGAAUGAAUAAAGUAAAGAAUUGCCUUUUAAAGUAAUGAGGCAAAUACUACUGUAUUAUACUUAUUUGAAAUCCUUUAGUAAUAUUGCCUUGUA